CGGGCGGCGGCGCGGGGCCCGGCGGGGGAUGGGGGCCGCGUCCCCCCGGCACCAUGCUGCUGGGCAAGAAACCGGAGCCCACCCUGGGAGCAGCCAGGUUUGGAGAUGGAUUAUAUGACUCCUAUAUGAGGAUAGAUCAGAUUAGGUACCAAGAGUCUGCAAAUGAAGAACACAGCCCCUCAGGACUUCCUUCCCUCGGAAGAUCUAAUGUUUCUAGCAACAAACUAGCAAUGAAGGAUCACCUUCUGACUGGAAGUCAGGUCAAAGUGGAGCAAUUAUUUGAGGACUCUGGCAACAGAAGGAGUAGCACUCUUCAGUCUGCAGGAGUUGCUGGGUCAGAGAGGUCUCUUCCUUCACUGAUGAAAGAUAAAAGUUCAGAGAGCCUGAGCACUUCUAAAGUUAGUUCCUCAAAAGCACCUAAAGCCAUUUCCCAAGCUCCAGAGCAAGCUGUCAAACAGUACAAACACCAGUUAUCUGCUUAUGAACAGCAGGAGAUAUUUAAUUUUCCUGAAAUUUACUUUGUGGGUCCAGCUGCAAAAAAGAGACAAGGAGUGAUUGGUGGUCCCAACAAUGGAGGUUAUGAUGAUGACCAAGGCAGCUACAUUCACGUGCCCCAUGACCAUCUUGCUUACAGGUAUGAAGUACUCAAAAUCAUUGGCAAGGGCAGUUUUGGGCAAGUUGCUAAAGUCUACGAUCACAAACUCCACCAACACUUGGCCUUAAAGAUGGUUCGCAACGAGAAGCGGUUCCAUCGCCAAGCGGCAGAAGAAAUCCGGAUCCUGGAGCACCUGAAGAAGCAGGAUAAAACAGGCAGCAUGAAUGUUAUCCACAUGCUGGAAAGCUUCACCUUUCGGAACCAUAUCUGUAUGACCUUUGAACUCCUGAGUAUGAACCUGUAUGAGCUGAUUAAAAGGAAUAAGUUUCAGGGCUUCAGUAUCCAACUGGUACGCAAGUUUGCUCACUCUAUUCUGCAGUGUUUGGAUGCCCUUUAUAGGAACAAAAUCAUACACUGUGACUUGAAGCCAGAAAAUAUCCUCCUAAAACAGCAAGGGAGAAGUGGAAUCAAGGUUAUAGAUUUUGGGUCCAGCUGUUUUGAGCACCAAAGAGUCUACACAUAUAUUCAGUCUCGAUUUUAUCGGGCGCCAGAGGUGAUUCUGGGAAGUCGCUAUGGGAUGCCCAUAGACAUGUGGAGUUUUGGCUGCAUUCUGGUGGAGCUAUUGACUGGAUACCCUCUUUUUCCUGGAGAGGAUGAGGGAGACCAACUAGCUUGUAUGAUGGAACUUCUUGGAAUGCCACCUCAGAAGCUUCUGGAUCAAUCCAAGCGAGCCAAGAACUUCAUCAACUCGAAGGGUCACCCUCGCUACUGCACGGUCACUACCCAUGCAGAUGGAAGGGUGACCCUCAACGGGACCCGCUCGCGCCGGGGGAAGCUCCGGGGUGCUCCAGGGAACAAAGACUGGGUGACAGCCCUGAAAGGCUGCGACGAUCCCUUGUUUAUAGAGUUCCUGAAGGAAUGUCUCAGCUGGGAUCCUUCCGCACGCAUGACCCCGAGUCAAGCUUUAAGGCACCCUUGGAUUUGUAAACGAACACCCAAGCCCCCCAGCACUGACAAAACCUCCAACAAGCGGACUUCAAGCUACACAAGUUCUUUCACAGGAAUAGGUUCUAAGUUGCCUCCUGUGGUUGGAGUGGCCAACAAGCUGAGGGCAAAUUUAACUUCUGACUCCCACGGCAGCAUCCCGCUGUGUACUGUGCUCCCCAAGCUGGUCAGCUCGUAGCCUACUGCCUAUUUCCACAUCACCCUGUAUUUUAAUUGUUUGUUAAUAACGUGUAAGGAGGUUGAAUGCAGAGGUUUUAAAUGGAUUUACUUUUUAUUAGAGGCUAAAGAAGUUCAGUCAACAUGUACACAUUAAAAGGGCUAACUUUUAUCCAGUUGUUCCCCUCACAGCGUGGUGCAUAUUGUGUUACUGGGUAGGUCAGCUCAGCUGGUGAGUAAAAGAAGAGCUUGGCAGAUGUGCUUUUUAAUAAUGCUGUUGUAGAAAUCCAACUAUCAGGAUGGUUUAAGAGAUUCUUUUGCUUAAGACAGCAAGGGAAGUUGAUUUAAAAUCCGUGUUUUCAGUUAAUCCUCAACUGAACUCUUUUUAUUCCGGGGGAGAAUUUUUACUUCUGUUUUCAAAAGCACAAACUUAUUAAUGUAAAUGCAUCAAGAUCUUGCAAACUGCUGAUUUCUGUUAGAAGAAUUUGAUUUCUCUGCACUGCUUUUCUCUCACUAAUCCUGGCUACGAUUUUUAAAAGUAUCAUGGGAUGUAGACACCUAAAGAAUUUGGUGUUCAUAUUUUAUCAGCUGAAUAUUUUUUUUCCAAAGGAGUAUAGAAGUGCCAUGGAAAACAGGUCAGCUCUAAAUAAAAUUACUAACUUCUGUACAAUUUCUGUUUCCCUUAAAAGUCUAUGGAGAGCUGACAGGGGAAUUCAAGACCAGGACUGGUCCAGUUUGUCCAGGGCUAAUGAGUCCAUUAUUUGUUUCUUUGGAGCUCAGGUUUAAAACCAUUUCUGCCAGGUGUGUGUUUGUUCGUAUUCCAGUGUUAUUCCCAAAACAAAAAUAUUGAACUUACAGAACUGUUUUAUCAACAUGUUUGAGAUUCUGGUCAUUUAAAAAUAAUCUUUUGGUUUUUUCUUUUUUUGUAUAGAGUGAAUUCCAUUAAAUACAUGGAGCUCUUUUAGUAAAAAGCAAGCAUGCCACCCCUGUCAGACAAAGCAAAGUUUUUGAGGCCCAGAACUGUCUAACUGGAAGCAUGCUCUGGAAUCUAAGCAUGGUCUGGGAAAUAUCAGGAAAGGCUGAUGAGGUGCAAAAACUGGGGGAUCCAAAUCAAAACACAUUCUGGGAAAAAACUGCUUUACUUCUAAUCGUAUUCCUUCAGGUCUUGGAGAGAGACCUGGCUAUGUUUUCUCAUUCUUGAAAUAAAUGAGCUUGUAUUUCCUCUUCCUUUAUCUUCCAAGAACAUGAAAGGUGGUGCGACCUGUAGUGACAACAGCACAGCUUGUUGGGGUUGUUGCUUCUUGCAGCCACUUGGCCUGAGUCCAUUUACUAAAACAUCUGAUCUCUUGCCAGGUGCCUGAACACAAUUUAAAAUGCAAUUUAGAGCUUUUAUGAACUGAAGGUUUUAAAUGUAAUGAGUUUCUCUGUAGCAGGUUUUUAAUGUUAAAACAAGGAGACUCUCAGUAUGCAAACAAAGGACUUUUCAGGGUGAUUCUUAAGAUAAGGUGGCUGCAUAUUCAGUGGGAGACCCUCCCUCUGAGGAUGUGGGGCUACCUUCUCUGCUCUGUUUAAUUACAGCAUGGGUGAAAUGCUGGGUGGAGGCUUGUAUAAAAAGCCAAAAAGACAGAGCCAAAGCUCCAGACUUUCCAAGACUGUUGUUUAAACUGAGAUUCUCAUGUCCUUGGCUUUUUGAGUUCUUUUGUAUUACAAGUAUAAACUCAAUAAGCUUAGUAAUACUAUGAAAUAAGAGUCUAGCCUUUAUCCACACAGCUAAAGGUAAUAACAGUGUGUAUUGUGGUAUGUUCAUGGUUCACUUCAUAAUAGUGCAUGACUGGCAUUUUUUUAUUUUGCUGAGUGAAGUUUUGCUUGAAUGGAGAACCAGGGAAGUGGAUUUUUGGGGAAAAUGGCAGUAGAUGCUAUUGAUUUUAGUAGAAGCUCUAAUAGAUGUGGCACAUUUUCAGAAGCCAGAAACACUGUUCUUCCUCCUCUGCCCUUUACUCUAUGCAUAUUUUUUUUUUUACAAAAUAUACCUGGUGAGUGAAGAGAGAGGAACCUUUCAGGAGCAAUAGUUUGUUGGGAAGGAUGCAUAGAAAAAAGCACUUUAUAUAGAGACUGUAAAGUGGAGCCUGGCAGAAGAUAGUGUUAUGGGGAGAAUUGUUUUGGUUGGAAGAGACCUUUAAGAUCAUCAAGUCCAACCAUGGUGGUUUGCUAGGAGCUGUACAAACAGGUCUUCUCUUAGGAACACAGAGUAGUACCUUGGUUCUAAACCAUUUUCAUCUCUAAAAUGCCAAAUGUACAAUAAUCAUUCUCCUGUGACUUCUGGGAACAGGUUACUCUGAGCUAACUUCUAGUUUUAACAGCCUCUUUUGUACACACAGUAAUCUCACUUAAGGCUGGUGCUGUAAACCUGCAGAUAAAGUAAUUAGCUGGCAAGAAUGUUGCUUUUUAUCUAGAAAAUGUGUUCAGCAUGACCUGACUGCACAAGGUGCCCGUUAUGAGUUGUAGGUAUUUAAGACUGGAUCUUACUUAUUUGGGACUACUGUAUUUUAAAAUCUAGUGCAUAGUUAACUGUCUUGCUACUUUGGGGCUCUUACCUCUCUAGCCAUAGGAGGUGAGAAGGAAAGGGAAGCAGCCUCAGAAGAUCUGUGCUGUAUUGCAGAGGACUUCUUCAUAACCCAGGAAUACAGCUGAGAAUAUGUUGGUCUUGUUUCCAAUUACCAAGCUCAUUUUCUCUAUAAAAUGUUUGCUUUCAGUGAAUGAUGUGACCCAGUAUUCCCAAACUGGGAAAGCCUUUCAGGUGAGCUAAUAAAUCUCAUAUCUGGGAGAGAGCUGGAGAAUUGUCCCUGCAGACCCUUGACUUGUUGAGUGUGGGAGUUGGACACGGGCUGUGUUGCUGGGCAGUGUCACUGAGGGAGGCUGGUCAGGGUCACAGCUAAACACUGCUGAGGUCUGAAAUCCCCUGAAGUCUUUUGUUUUCAUUAGUCAUGAUGCUGGUUAGAAUUUUAACAGUAGUCUAAACUUGUCCAAAUAGAUGAGCAGAAACAGUUUUUAUCUGUGUGGUAACUCUUGGCUUUGCCAGUUUGUUGAUCUGUCCCUCGCCUGCUGCUUCAGCCCGCUCUGCUGGGAAGGUAGCACGGAACAAAAGCAACUAUUUGGGUUUACAGCAAAACAGACAUUGCAUUUAUAAACAUCACCCAGACCUGUUUCAAAAUGUUCCUUAUAAUGUUGCCUCUGUUUUGCUACACUGUUGGUCUCUGUGUUGUAAAUAACAUGCUCUGUUUAUUGUCUGCAUUUCUAGCUGUUUGGUUUAGCAGUGUUGUUCUAUGACAAGGCAUGAGCAUCACCUCUGGCUUUUACUCUCGGGUCCAAAUCUUGUCUGCCUGUACAAGCUGCAAGGAGAAACUUGUUUUUCUCUCAACUCAGUGGGACACUGAAGGAUUCAUCUUCCCUGCAGAAGAUGGUGCCACAGCCAGGCACCCACCCAGGCUGCCUUCUGCCCUGGACAGGUUGGAUCUCACUAACAGCAGCUGCUGAAUGUGAAGUUAAUUUCACAACAGUGACCCGAUUUCAGGAUCUGUGUGCCACAGGUACUCUUCACUAGAGGUUAUAUCCUUCCCACCCAGCUGGAACAGGAACUCGAGCUGUCCAGUGACCUAAGAAUUCAGAACAGAUUUAACUGGAAAGCUUUAAGGUGACUUUUGUGGAAGAGCAGGUGUGUUGCUCCAUCUGAAGCUGUUUACAGUCCUUGUGACCUGUUAGGACUUUCAUGCAGCUGAAAACUUUGAAAGCAGCAAUUUAUCAGUAGAGGUUCUUUGCAAUGGUCAUCCUCUUUAAAACUACCUCUGAAAUAGACCUAGGAUCCUUUUUAAAGGGAUAUUCACUGCAGAUUACAGCUCUUCUUGUUUGUUUUUUUUUCCUCAUUUAAUACUAAUGGCUGGUUUGGCUGUGGAACCUGUCAUGAUGAUCUCAGCAAUGUCUUACUAAUCCUGGCCAUACAAGCAAAAGGCUGAUUCUGCACCCAGAGAUCUCUGCUCAAAUGAUUGAUACAAAUCCCCUGCCUGCCAAAGUUUAAUUCUGCUGUGGAAGUUGAGAGCCCAAAUAAUACGGAAAGAUCUGUGGUACUUCUGUGCAGUCCCCAGCUGAGGGGCAAAACAAGCUGCUGGAAGACUUGAAUAACAAAACCUGCAGGUUUUGCUUGUAUUGAGCACUGAGAGCUGUGGGUACCUGGCAGUUAUGAAAACUGGCCAUCAUGUUUUUAUACUUAAUACUUGUCACAGAUAGUAUUUGGGGUUUUUAAAAAUGAUUAUUAAUUGUUUAAGGCUUUGGGGAAAUGUAUCCACUUCACACUUCCUAUAAAAGAGCCCUCAUGUGUUCUAAAACUCCACUGAUACCUUAGAGUUCUUUAACUCCCACUGAAACAUGUCAAAUGCUGGGAUCAUCAGAGCAGUCUUGGGUAGGUGAACAUUGUCCCUGCACUCAGAGGCAGUGACUUUAAUCCAAAUUCAGUUCUUGCAGACGGGCUAACUCAGUAAGUCUGGUUUGCUAAAAGAAUAACCCAUGUUCCCUCCACAUAGUGCUGUGCCUUAUUAUUUUACCAGCCUACAUCUGUCUUGGUGCAAUCAAAUUACUAUUCAGGGUUUCUUAUACGUUGCAGAUGUUCAUACUAAAUGUCAAUGUCUAAAGAAUUUACAGGCUAGCCUUUUUGUUAUAAAUAUUGUGAUGAGGUGUAAUAUGGUGGAGAAUGUAGAAAACAUUUAAGGUGCAUGUGAAUCUAACUCUGUGAAGGAACACUUUGGAGAUGAGUCAGUCUCAAACUAUGUAUCUAAAUGUAAUGAACAGAUAUUUCCUAAAGUUGUAUUUCGGUUCCUUUUUAAAAUAAAAUAAAUACAUUAAUUUUCUUUAGCAA